AUGACUAGAUCACUUCGAAUGAUUUGGUUUCCAAUAUUGCUGUUACUCCUGCUAGAGAACAGUAAAGGAGUAUUUUCAGCUUCGAAGUACUUAAUUGGGCUCGGAAGCUAUGACAUUACGGGGCCAGCAGCUGAUGUCAACAUGAUGGGAUAUGCUAGCACAGACCAGAUUGCUUCUGGAGUUCACUUUAGGUUGCGAGCUCGUUCUUUCAUUGUAGCAGAACCACAAGGAAAUCGGGUUGUAUUUGUGAAUCUCGAUGCUUGCAUGGCCUCACAACUGGUGACAAUUAAAGUACUUGAGAGGUUGAAAGCAAGGUAUGGAAAUCUUUACACAGAAAGUAAUGUUGCUAUUAGUGGAAUUCACACACAUGCCGGCCCCGGCGGUUAUCUUCAAUAUGUUGUAUAUAUCGUCACAUCACUUGGUUUUGUGCGUCAAUCUUUUGAUGCUCUUGUUGAUGGAAUUGAGCAGAGCAUUGUACAAGCUCACAGUAACCUUCGUCCUGGAUCAAUAUAUGUGAACAAAGGUGAACUUUUAGAUGCUGGGGUUAAUCGUAGUCCAAGUGCUUAUCUCAAUAAUCCUGCAGAAGAACGCAGGAAAUACAAAUAUGACGUCGAUAAAGAUAUGACCCUUUUGAAGUUUGUUGAUGAUGAAUGGGGUCCAGUCGGUAGCUUCAAUUGGUUUGCUACCCAUGGAACUUCUAUGAGCCGUACAAACUCAUUGGUAAGUGGGGACAACAAAGGAGCUGCUGCACGUUUUAUGGAAGACUGGUUUGAUCAGAACAAUAGUCGAAAGAUACUUUCUUAUAUAUCCAAUGCUGAAGAUACCCCAUUGACAGCCUCAAACAUUAUUCCAGUUCAUGAAAAUCAUCAUGAAUUACAUGAACUUGCUGAUUCUUUCCAAUCUGGUUCGGGCAAACCAAUACGUGUAAGGAGUACUCUCAGUCAAGCUGGUAGGCCUAGAUUUGUGUCAGCAUUUUGUCAAACCAAUUGUGGGGAUGUUAGCCCGAAUGUGCUCGGGGCCUUCUGCAUAGAUACCGGAUUACCUUGUGACUUCAAUCAUAGUACCUGUGGUGGGAAGAAUGAGUUAUGCUAUGGGCGAGGUCCUGGAUACCCGGAUGAGUUUGAAAGUACACGUAUCAUUGGUGAUAGACAAUUCAAAAAAGCAGUGGAACUUUUCAACAAAGCAUCAGAAAAAUUAAAUGGAAAGGGUGGAGGUACUGAGGUUGUGAAAACCUGUCCAGCUGCAAUGGGGUUUGCAUUUGCUGCUGGUACAACUGAUGGACCUGGUGCUUUUGAUUUUAAGCAAGGAGAUGACAAGGGGAAUGCAUUUUGGAGGCUGGUAAGGAACUUACUUAAAACACCAGACCAAGAACAAGUUGAUUGUCAACGUCCAAAGCCCAUUCUGCUUGAUACUGGUGAAAUGAAAUUUCCUUAUGAUUGGGCGCCUGCAAUACUUCCAGUCCAGAUUCUGAGGAUUGGGCAGCUGGUCAUUCUCAGUGUACCCGGAGAAUUCACAACGAUGUCUGGAAGACGGCUCCGAGAUGCUGUGAAAACAGUGCUCACAAGUGGAAGUAGCAAAGAAUUUGAUGCAAAUGUUCAUGUAGUAAUAGCGGGCCUGACAAAUACAUACUCCCAAUAUGUAACAACCUUCGAGGAGUACAAGAUGCAGAGAUACGAGGGUGCCUCAACACUAUUUGGUCCAUAUACUCUCAGUGCCUACAUUCAGGAGUUCAAGAAGCUUGCAGCGGCCCUUAUCAGUGGACAACCCGUGCAGUCGGGUCCCCAACCCCCAGAUCUACUAGACAAGCAAAUAGGCUUACUAACACCAGUCGUGGUGGAUGCAACUCCUCCCGGUGUGAACUUUGGUGAUGUUAGCGUUGAUGUACCCAAGAACUCGACCUUCAAGAGAGGUGUCAAUGUAACAGUUGUUUUCUGGUCAGCGAACCCAAGAAAUGACCUCAUGACUGAAGGUACAUUUGCUCUCGUGGAGAUUCUUCGAGGGAAGGAUUCGUGGGUUCCUGCUUAUGAUGAUGAUGAUUUUUGCCUUCGAUUUAUUUGGUCGAGACCUGCUAAACUUAGUCCUCUAAGUCAUGCAACCAUAGAAUGGAGAAUACCGGGAACAGUUGCUUCAGGUGUAUAUAGAAUAAGGCAUUUUGGUUCUGCAAAGAGCCUUCUGGGGUCGAUCAAGCAUUUUACAGGUUCUUCAAGUGCUUUUGUGGUGGCUUGA